AUGUCUUUAGAAUCAGUGAUUCACAAUUUAGUAUCUUCUUUGGGGGGAAUUGAUAUUUCUUUGGAAGAUAAACCAUAUAUUUUAGGAGAUGAUGGUUUAGCAUGUUUGAAGGAUUUAAAACGAUGGCUUCAACAUUAUGAUCAUAAAUAUAAUAGUUGGGAUGUUAAACGGAUUUUAGCAGAUACGAAUUUUGUAGAAGGAGAUCUUUGUCCUAUUUUGGCUAUGUGGAAUCCUUUAGAUGGAGAAGACAAAAUAAAAUGGCGUAUAUCUCUUGCUUGCGUGGAAUUACUUGUUGAAUUAACAUGGCCUUUGGAGAUGAAUGAAUUGAAUGCAAAUAAAAAAUCUUUUGAACAACUUCCACAUCUUCGUUUAGCACAAUCAUUUUAUAAAAAAUCUCUUCUAAAUUAUUCUAAAGCGAACCUUUUAUUUAAUGCAAUUUCUGUAUCAUUUGCUUCUAUGUCUAUUCCAAGGUCAGAAAGAUCAGAAAGAGAUGAAGGAAUUAUUCGUUUAGUUUUAUAUUUUAUUCGAAAUAUUGCCAUGAUUGAUGAGGAAACUACUCGAAAUGAAACAAUUCUUGCAUUUAAAAGGGAAAAUAUUUUCGAUCUUAUUAUUUCUGUUGCAGGGGGUAUAGGAGACGAAUUUAUUUCUCAAGACGUUAUUAUUCUUGAAAUUAUUUUUUAUCUUGUUAGAGGAAUAAGUCCCGAAAAAUUGUUUUUAUCAGAUAAGGUGCAAUCACUUAGACCAUUGGAUGAUUUAAGCAACCUUCUUAAGGUAGAAACAGAUAAUAAAAAGAAAGGCUUAAAAACAACUCGCCAUAACCGAUUUGGUACAUUGAUUUCACUAAUAACACCUAACAAUAGAAGGAUCACUGUUGGUAGUCAGGGAGCUAUACUUAAAGGUGCAGAAAAUAGUUUUGGAAAAAUAGAUUCUGCAAAGAAAUGGAAAAUGCGUAAAUCUAAAAUAUCUACAAUGGAUGAUGUCGACAAACCUGUAUUUAUUAUGCAUGAUGCAACUAUUAUCAUUUCAGCUUUUAUAAAUGAAUUUUUGGGUUUGUCUUUUAAUCCUCUUUUUUCAUCUAUUUUGCGAUGUUUAGAAAGAGAAGAGACUAGAAUUUCUCAAGAAAAUCAUAUUCAUUUUCUUUAUUGUAUAGGAUAUUUUAUACAUGCCCUUAGGUUACGUCUUUAUUCUAAGAAUCUUAAUGAUUCUUCAAAAUAUGAGGAUUAUGGAUUGAUUGCUAGUAUGUUGCAACAAAGGGCUCUAAUUAUGAUCUAUAAAUUAAUGAGAGAAUCAUUUGAUCUUAAAAUUUGGAAAGAAUUGCAUUCUGCAAUGGAAUGUUUUAAACAAAUACUUUUAAUUAUUAAUUGUAUGACAACAUCAUCUCAAGAAUAUCAGGAAAUAGCCGAUAACAUGCAGAAUAAUAUAUAUUAUGAAGAACAUAAUUUAGAUUUGAUUAUUAGUGUUAUUAAACUAUAUAAAACACAAUCAUUUGGAUUUUUAAAUAUAUCUACAGAACUUGUUCAUAAUUUGUUAAAAAUGUUAGAAAAAUAUUCUAAGACAAAAGAUUAUAUGUAUAUUCGAGUACGUCAACGUCAAAAUAAAAAAAAAAGUGCACAUAUAUUUAAUCAAGCAGAGACUUUAGGUUCUGAUAAUGAUAAUUCUCAUUCAGAAUCUAAAUCGGGAUAUAAAGAAAGGUCCUUUGAAUUUUCAAGAUUUGAAAAGAAAUUUGUUAAUGACCAUUGUAUUGAUACAUUUCGAACAUUUCUUGAAUAUUAUAGAGAAUUGACUCCAGAACAGAUUAAACGCGUAAUAUCUUUUUUUUAUAGAAUAUUUGUUAAACAAAAGGCUGAAAUAUACAUGUUUCGUCUUGACAUAUGUGAACUUUUUAACAGAAUGUUAAAUGAUGAUAUCUAUUUUUCUAGAAGUCACCCAACUAGGGUUGAAAUGGAGAAAUUUAUAAAAUUUUAUAUGAAGCGUCUUAUAUCUGUUACCUCUAAAUCUCCAUCUUUAUAUGUAGAACUUUUAUUUCAUAAGAUGCAUGAUACAGUAUAUUAUCUCCAGCAUGGGUGUGAUGAAGUGGCAAUAGCAAAACCAAUAAAGCUUUCUGCAGAAUUUGAAGUUAAACCAGGAAUGGAUUUUGAACAACAAAUUUCUGUUGUUGUUGCUGUAUUACUUGAUGAAAAUAAAAGCGAUGAAUUAGAUUGGUUAAAAAUUAAAUUAUCUGAUGCUAUUAGUCAAAGAAAAGCAUGGGAAUUAGAAAAAAAAUCAAGAAAAUCAUUAGAGGAUAGUUCUCAGAUGGAUCUAUUAUCAUUACCGCCUCGCUAUGUCGUUAUCUUUGAAACUGAACAGCAGAGAAAAAAAUGUUUUAAAAACGGAAAAUUUCGUUUACUGAUUUCUUUAUGUGGUUUUUUGGAAGAAAAAGAAGUUGAUGAUAUAAUGCCUUCAUUAAUUAUUCCUUCUGAAGUUUCAUCUAGUAUAUUAAGUUAUAAUUUAGAGCUCGUUAAAAAAUACACUGAUAAUCCGGUUAUAUUUGAUGAUGGAAAAACUGCUAUUGACUUUAUUCGUCGAAAAUAUAAGCCUAGAAAUCAUUAUGAUACAUUUAGUCAAGAAGAUGAAAUAAUUGAUACAGAUGAUUUCGAUUCAAUUAGAUCUAUGUCUUCAGCUAAAAUAUCUAAAAAGAGGCACAGGAAAUUAUCAAAUGAUGUAGAAUUAAAGAUUCUUGCCGAAAGAAAAAAAUUGGAACGUAUGAAAAUUAUAAAAAGUUUGAAAUAUGUUAUAGAUUCUGAUAAUACUGAUAAUGAUGCUGCUUUUUUUGCUUCAGAAGAAAUUUUAAGAAAAAAAUCAAAACUAAUGGCAUCUAAUUCUCAUGAAAAAAGUAGAAAUAUCAAAAAAGUUCUUAAAAGUUUGGAUUUUGAGAAUGAAAUAAAUAAUAAUGAACUAAAUCUUUUAGAAAGAGACCACUCUUCUGAAAUUGAUAAUUUAACUGAUUUAGAAAAAGGAAUCUCUACAAAUAAUGACAAACUGUUCAUUGAUGAUUAUUUUUCUAGUAAUUCGAAUAGUAGUGAUUUUCAAAAUAAUAAAGGAAUCUCUAUCUUAUCUAAUACAAAUUCUAAAAAAAAAAAUAAUAAAGCAAAGGGACGUCGUAUUUUUAUAGAAAGUAGUUCGGAAUAA